AUGGAUGUGGAGCCGGCCGAGUCCUGCCGUGUGUCCCCGGAUAUCCACAAGAAAGUGCUGUCGUUAAACUUCAAGGAUUGCCACACAAAGAUCCGCCACGUGGAUGCUCAUGCUACCCUGAACGACGGCGUUGUGGUCCAGGUGAUGGGGGAGCUCUCCAAUAACAUGCAGCCCGUGCGCAGGUUCAUGCAAACGUUUGUGCUUGCCCCUGAGGGUUCUGUUGCAAACAAGUUUUAUGUCCAUAAUGACAUCUUUCGCUACCAGGAUGAGGUUUUUGGUGACUCUGACACAGAGCCUCCUGAGGAAUCAGAAGAAGAGGGGGAGGAACCUGAGGAAAGGCAGCAGACACCUGAGGCUGUUCCUGAUGAUAGCAAUACUUACUAUGAGCAGACUGUCAG